CGCCUGCGCGCUUACGCAGAACGCUCGAUUUGGCCCUCAGCAUCCUUGCCAACUGCUGCACGGAGGGGGCGUGUCGGACUGAAGUGCGCAGACUCGGCGGUAUUCUCCCACUUGUAAGCAUCCUACAGUGUGUGAGGACUGACAGCAUACAAAACCGGACAGCCCGAGCCUUAGGGAACCUGGCUAUGGAAGCUGAAAGCUGUGGAGAUAUCCACAGGGCUGGUGCUGUGCCUCUGCUGGUUGAGAUCCUCACUGCCUCUCAGGAUUCCCAGUGUCUCCAGAGUGUCGUCCGUGCCCUCCGCAACUUGGCUGAUUCACCUCAGCACCGCCUGGCCCUGGCUCAACAGGGGGCAGUUAGACCCCUGGCAGAGCUACUGGCUACAACUUCUGACCCCGCCUUGACUUCAGCCCUGGCCCGGGCCUUGUUGGAGCUAAGCCGAGGCUGCUCACGGGCCUGUGCUGAACAGCUAAGCCUGGGUGGCGGACUGGGACCCCUAGUGAGUCUGGCCACUCACCCCAAGCGGACAGUACGUGAUGCAGCCAUCCUGACUCUGGCCAACCUAUGUGCCCAGGGCCUAGUUCGUCCUGCUUUGGGCAAUGCUGGUGGCGUGGAAGUACUACUUAGUGAACUCCGGAGGAGAAGGGGGCCCAGUGGGGCAGGCCCAGUGUCCCAGCAAGCCCUGGUACGGGCUGUCUGUCUUUUAUGCCGUGAGGCCAUUAACCGAGCACGACUAAGGGAUGCUGGAGGUCUGGAGCUGCUCAUGUCCCUUCUGAGAGACCCACGGGCAGGAGCCUUUCACCCUCGUGUGGUAGCAGCACUUGUUGGUUUCCUGUAUGACACUGGGGCCCUAGGAAGACUGCAAGCACUAGGGCUUGUGCCAUUGCUGGCAGGGCAGCUAAGUGGUGAAGUUGGAGAAGAAGAGGAAGAGGGCCGUGAGGCUGCCUCCUGUGACUUUCCUGAGGAACGGACCCCAGGGCCGACAGAGGCUGGGAGCUUCAGGAGCCUCAGGUCAUGGCUAAUAUCAGAAGGCUAUGUUGUGGCACCUGGAGAUAUCUCCCCAGAUUGGUCCCCUGAACACUGCCCUCUGCCAGAGCUUCCAGCUGUUCCAGUCAGUCCAAACCCUGCUACCCUAGGCCUGGAAACCCCAAGCACCUCUCAACUAGAGACUCCUAGCCACUCAGGCAACAUCCCAAACCCUUCACCACCCCCACUGAGGACAUCUGGUCGGGCUGAAGAAUUGUGGGGACGGGAAGGGCCAGCCCUCUUACUCUUGUCACGCUUCUCACAGGCUCCAGAUCCCAGUGGGGCACUGGUGACUGGCCCAGCAUUACAAGGUCUACUAGGCUACGUGACUGGGGCCCCUGGUCCCCCAAAUCCUCGGGCCCUAAGAAUUCUGGCCCGCCUCACCUGCAACCCUGCUUGCCUAGAAGCUUUUGUUCGAAGCUAUGGUGCUGCACUCAUCCGGGCCUGGCUAGUGUUGGGUGUUGCCCCAGAUGACUAUCGGACAUCAAAGCUCCCUCGGGUUCGAGCAGGAGAUCGAAAACAUAGAGAACUAGGUGAAAUGUUACUCCAGAACCUGACAGUUCAGGCUGAGUCUCCCUUUGGAGUGGGAGCACUUACCCAUUUGCUUCUCUCUGGGACCCCAGAAGAUCGAGUUGCCUGUGCACUGACUCUGCCCUUCAUCUGCAGGAAACCAGCUCUCUGGAGACGUCUGCUUCUGGACCAAGGUGGUCUCCGCCUCCUCCUGACAGCACUUUCUCGUCCAGCCCCUCACCCCCUCUUCCUCUUUUUUGCUGCUGACUCCCUCUCCUGCCUUCGAUGCCUAAUCUCUCCAUCUGUGGACUCUGCCCAGCCUCCAGUGGAUUCUUCUCCAACCUCCCCUUGCCUCUAUGGGCAGCUGCUGGGCCCUACCCCAUCCCUAGUCCCUGACCUCCAUUUCCUGCUGGACUCAGGCCUCCGCCUGCCUGCCAUUCGGGCCUCUGCAACUGAUGCCUCCCCCUUUUUCAGAGCCUUGCUAUCAGGAGGCUUUGCUGAGGCUCACUUGAAUGUGGUACCACUGAGAGGCCUCUCUCCAGGGGCUGCUUGGCCUAUCCUGCACCAUCUCCAUGGCUGCCGGGGCUGUGGGGCUGCCCUACAGCCCAUCCCACCUCCAGGCCAACCCCUCCUGGGCUCCGAGGCAGAAGCUGCCCUGGAGGCUGCUGGCCGAUUUCUACUGCCUGUCCUAGAGGAAGAACUGGAAGAGGCUGUGGGGAGUGUGCACUUAGGGCCUUGUGGUCCCCCUGAGGCAGUAGGCGAGGUGUUCCGUCUUGGAGGAACCCGUCUUGCUUCAAAAUGUGCCCACUGGACCCUGGGACCUGGCCGGAGCCCACAGGCCAGGGCAACAGCCCUGGCUGGACUAGUAGAAGCAGCAGGCGAGGAGGGCGGGCCCCUGACUGAGGCCCUUUUGGGGGCUGUGAUGGGGAUGAGAGGGAGGCUGUGACUAGGGCCACAGCCCCAGGACUGAGGUUCCCUGGUACCAGGACAGAGGAGAUGCUCUAUAGGACCUUAAGCCUGGCCCCAGGGACCAGAAAAGGAUGCUUCUCUGGAAAAAGAGAACUGUUGCCUGGGGGGAGUUGAGGGGAGGGGGAGGGAGGGAGAGGGCAGAUUCCAGGGAAGAGGAGCCAUGGAAAGUACAAGAAACUAGAGGGGGAGAAUAGGAUAGAGAAAGAAGAAUGAGAAUGGCCUGGGGAAGCAAAAUGGAAGGCCAGAGGGCUCGGGAAAGAUAUGGAGAGCACAGAUCUACGAGGACUAGAGUGAAGAAAGCCCUCAGCACCCAAAAGGAGCCCCAUGCAGAGGCCAGACUGAAAUUAAAGGCUUCAGAAUUGAU